UUUGAAUCGCAGUAACAUCCAAACGUAUAUGAAUCGGGCAUGUUUCAACAGUAAGAUAUGCGAUGACAUUUGUUCAAAGAUCGGGCAAAAUAUAAUAUUUGUAGGACAUGUUGUAUCGGUAUCUUCGAGGUAACUCUGGACAUAGCUACUUGAAGCUAGCUACUCAUACGAGAAGCAAAGAGAUGACUGAUAUAGACACCGAACAUUCUUGUGCCUUGUUGAUAGCUUGUAAAGGAUGGCUUUACUGGGAGCAACUUUCGACGGAAGCAAUAUCACGCGGAUUGCCAUUACGCAAUGCUUAUAGUCAGCAUGUGCUGGCCUCGGCGCUCACCUAUUAGGAAAGAUGAGUGAGUCAGAUAAGGCUUUUAUUCGACAACCUGACCACGCUUUCUUUUACAAAAGUCUAGUGAGACUCUGCAUCAUUAAUAAGGCAUUAGUCCAUGUGAUGGAAUCUCGUGUAGACAAUAGUAUGAAGAACUCGUCAGCCUGUGAGGUGAAAUUUCGAGUAUGUAGUAAGCGCAUUGAUAAAAAAUUGUUGUCUCUGUCAAUUAGUUCAUCUGAUAAAUACUCAUGAGAUUGCUGAUUAAAUGUUGAGCCUCCGCAUCGUUGAUUCGACGCUUGUUGAGCACAGCUGGCGAGAUGUUUAUCACUCGCAAUGUUUAGAUUGUUGAUAUCCGCCUCGUGGUUUGAUGAUACAAUCCAAUCUAGUCGUCUACGUACAUGUCAUAACCUCGUCAUUAGUCGAUUCUACGACAUGCGGG